AUGGACUCCCAAACUACUUUGAAGCUUCCAGUCAUUGAUUUCACUAAGCCAGACCUAAAACCUGGCACGGUUGAGUGGGAUUUGCUGAAAGGGCAAGUGGAACAAGCCCUUCAAGAGUACAGUUGCUUUGACGCAUUGUUCCACAAGAUCCCUCUCGAGAUUCGAGAUGCAAUAUUUGGAGCCAUGGAAGAGCUUUUUGACCUCCCUCUACAAAUCAAAACUCGCAAUGUUUCCGAACUGCCUUAUCAUGGGUAUCUUGGUCAACACCCUCUAGUACCAUUGUUUGAGAGCAUUGGCAUUGAACAUGCCAACAUUGUUGAAAAAGUUGAAGCCCAGACUAGUACCUUUUGGCCUGAAGGAAACACACGUUUCAGCAAAACUAUACAAUCCUUCUCAAAGCAAUUAUCUGAGUUAGAUGAAAUGAUAAGAACAAUGAUAUUGGAGAUUUUCCAUCUUGAGAAAUAUAUUGACGAGCACAUGGACUCGACGGGCUACCUUCUUAGGGUAAUGAAGUAUAAAGGGCCAAAAACCACUGAAACACAGGUUGGACUAAAAGCUCACAGAGACAAGAACGUAGUGACCAUAUUGUACCAAAAUGAGGUUCAUGGGUUGGGGGUACAGCGCAACGAUGGAGAAUGGAUCGAUGUGAAACCCUCUAAAGACUCUUUCAUUGUCACCAUUGGGGAAUCUCUCCAUGCAUGGUUAAAUGGGCGAUUGAAGUCUACUUAUCAUCGCGUGAUGAUAAGUGGAGACAAGACAAGGUACUCGCUUGGACUGUUUUCAUUCCCAAAAGGAGGCUACAUAAUAAAAGUACCAGAGGAGCUAGUGGAUGAAGCACACCCCUUGCUCUAUAAGCCCUUUGAUUACGCUGAAUUCUUGAAAUUCUGCUGUACCGAAGAUGGCCAAAAAGCUCACUCUUCUCUUAAAGUUUAUUGUGGUGUCUAA